AUGAAAACAUUAAUUCAGAAUAGUCAUUCAUGUGUAGUGGAUAUUGCAAAUAUCAGUUUAUUUAUAGCCUUCGUUUUUUCUUUUGGUGUCCUUUCUCAAUGCAGGAACCUGAGCAGGAAUUCUAUCAGCUACAUCGAACCCAGAGCGUUUGAAGGCUUGACAAGUCUCACUGUCUUAGACCUGUCAAACAACAUGCUUGGUAGUGUGAAUAACACCAUGUUCAUUGGACUAUCAUCACUGGAAGAACUGAUUUUUUCUCACAACCAGAUAUCAACCAUCUCACAAGCGACCUUUGACAGGCUCACCAUGCUCAGGAGACUUGAGUUUGCGUCAGAGUAUCUGGUCUGCGACUGUAAGUUGGACUGGAUCGUGAAGUGGAAGCGAAAUCGAACUCCGAAGGUCAAGAUCUCGGACAGUACGACCUGUGCAGUGCCAGAGUCUCUGGCAGGUAAUCAGGUCAGCAGUCUGAAGAAAGCCCAGCUCAACUGUGACUUUCCCCUGCAGAUGUCACGCUUUGAGAUCCGUCCCAGCAGCGACCAGGUGGUCUUCAAAGGAGACCUUGUAGACAGUCCUGUGUACUUUCCCCUGCAGAUGUCACGCUUUGAGAUCCGUCCCAGCAGAGACCAGGUGGUCUUCAAAGGAGACCCUGAAGACAGAAUUCUCUUGAUUCCUCUACUCUCUUUUCUCUUCCAACGGUCAGACUUUCCCCUGCAGAUGUCACGCUUUGAGAUCCGUCCCAGCAGCGACCAGGUGGUCUUCAAAGGAGACCCUAUAUCCCUGGAGUGCAUCGCUACCUACCUGGAUGAGACCCAGCAGAUGGUGUGGCUCAGGAACAAGAAGAUCCUUGAGAGCAACGCCUCUGCCGGGAUCACCAUCGAAACACACAUCAUGGAGGAAGAGGCACUCAUGACCAGCACCCUAACCAUUCAACAGAUAACUCAAAGCACCGGUCUGUGGAAGAUGGAGUGCCAGGUGAUGACUGGUAGCGGGCGGGGCAAUACCAAUGUCAUGAUGGAUCUGUAUGUGUUUGGUAACAUCAAUCAGUCUCACAACUGCCAGGAAGAAGUCACUACUAACAAUAAAGGCACCUUCCAGUGGCAGGCCACCAUACCUGACAUGACGGCAGAGGUACCCUGCCCGAAUGGAGGGGGGCUCCACUUCAGUGGCGGGGAUCCCAGCAGGGCCAAAGCAAGACGUACCUGUUUGGAGGGGGGCCGCUGGCAGACCCCUCAGACAGAGGCCUGUGACUAUGCAGAUGAGGCUACUCGCAUGCUAGAGAAAAUAGCCAUGUCAUCGUAUAGAAAUGCCUCAGUGGCGCUAAAGGCAGCUAGGAGGGUGGAAGUUCAAACAGCGGAUGCUCACACUUUUGCUGACAAGCUGAAAGUUGUCUUUGUGGCUAGAUUCAUUGAAAAGAUUCACCAAUUGACAACUAAAGAUCUUGGUCAAGUGAUGAUUAACAUUGCAAGCAACCUGAUGGAGGUCAACUCUACUCUCCUAGCUCAGAGCCAGAUACAGGAUAGGUCCUGCUCAAAGGUGAUAGAUGCCUUGGAGUACUUUGCCAGCAACAUCCUGCAGCACGGGCAUGGCAUAGAGAUCGAGCACUACGCCCCCAACAUCGCGGUACGGGCCAUCAAGCUGCCGACCACCAACACCUUCAGCGGGAUGCUGUGUGCCGCCAUUGUGCCGGGGCCGGGGCAGCUCGAAGACUUCUCCAGGCAGAACGUCAAGUGCCACAUGAGUAAUAUCACCUCGGCUCAGCUAGACGUUACAAAAGGGCCCAUAGAAGCAUCCAUCCAGCUCCCUCCAACCAUCUUCCAAGGCCUGACCCAAGGUCAAAGGUCAGCGGCGGGUCAGACGUCCUCCCGCCCUGGUGUGGUUCUUCAGUUCUUUGUCUACAAGAAUGGUAGACUGUUCCCAUCUCUGAAGACGACGGCACAGGGGCAGAUGGCUAUUUCAGAAAGAGCGGUGACAUCUAUGGUAGUGGCCAGUAAAAUUGAGAAUUACAAUGUUGUCAAUUUGACAGACCCUGUCACGUUGACCUUUCGACCUACGAACCUAGGUCACAGUGAAGCACCGGUGUACUGGGACGUUACUUCCCCAGGUUCACAUGGGGAAUGGAAGUCGGAAGGCUGUAAGAUUGUAAUGAAGACAGAUAACAUGACAACAGUACAGUGCAGUCAUCUAACUAACUUUGCCAUACUCAAGGAUUUCAGUGAACCACAAGGGCAGUACAUCAGUGGUUUCUGGCCGGCCGCUGCUCUUCACCCAGCAAUCUACAUCGGUAGCUUCAUCCUCCUCAUCCUCCUCUUCAUCACUCUCCUCACCUACGUCUGCUUCCACAGCAACAUCCGGAUGAAGCGCAAGUGUCGCCACUCCCUCAUCAACAUCUGCCUGGCCAUCAUGUUCCUGGUCGUCUUCUACACCGGCGGCAUCAAGUGGACGGAGCCAAUCCUCCUCUGUCAGAUCGUGGGCAUCGGCCUCCACUACUUCAGCAUCUGUACCCUCAUGUGGAUGGUGAUACAGGCCAACAACCUCCGCAAGGCCCUCAUCAGGCGCAACCGACCCCCUCUUCCACCGGGAGAAAGCCCCCCUCCUCCCAGGCCCAUCCUCAGAUUCUACUUUGUGGGUUGGGGUAUUCCUAUGAUUGUAGUGGGCAUUACGGCAGCAGCAUCUCCGGACAUUGGCAACUAUGGAGGCUCAGAAUUUUGCUGGAUUGUGGACUUCACAGUUAGCCUGGCUGCCUUCUUUGGCAUAGCAGCAGCCAUGGUAGUCCUGACGUGUGCCAUGUUUAUCUGGGCUUCCAUGCACGUCAACAGGGCGCCCUCUAUGGCCCAGCUGCAGGCCUACGAGCUACGAGACCAGAACCCCGAUCAUAAGGACGUACCGAACCACCGGGGAGAGAAUGGGAUUGAGAGACAGACUGGAACAGACAACGAAUCCGUCGUUACGCAUCGUACCGGAAUCUCGGGAAUGUCCAGCGUGAUGGACUCGGAGUAUACGUUCGCCAAGCAGAUUACGGCUGCUGUGCUGAUGCUGUUGGGAUUCGUUGGGACAUGGACGUUCGGUGCUUUAGCGGUCACCCAAGAAGACUUUCUCGUCAUCGUGUUUUGCUACCUGUAUGCAGGUACUGCAGUAGGACUUGGCCUAUUCAUCUUUGUGUACAACUGCGGAAUGCGCAUCGACGUCAAAUACAACUGGAAGAAGACAUGCGGUUGCACCCAAAAGGAUCGGUAUACGGUUGCAGUGACGUCCAACCAAACCAACCCGAGUGUCAAUAACGGCCAUGUGGUACAGAGGAGACAAUCGGCAAGCAGUGUUGAUUCUAAUAAUACAAACAAGUCUAAUAAUACCAAUCACUCGUAUCCUUCGGUGGUAUCAGGAUCGCGAAAGACCUCAAAGUGUAAUUACGUGCCGUCCCAAACAAACACAGGCACCGAUGCCUCGAUUGACAGUAGCACGCAGGACAAUGCAGGGCGCGUACAUAACUAUGACAAAAAUCAUCGUAGUAACGGUUAUGCCCAGCGCUACCACAAGCAAGCGCGCAGCCGUAGUAAGAAUCACAAACAUUCUCGGUACUCGCAGGUCUCGCGGGACGGCCAAGAGGUGAUGGCCGUUCCACCUCCGAUGGUGCCCAUGAUACCCAAUGGGGCGGGGCGGACGGGCAGCUCCUCCAGUUUCCCCAUCGCCCACAUGCAUCAUGUUGACCCCAACCAUCAAAGCCCUGCAAGUAGCAACUCGUACCUACCUCAGCAUGUGCUCUACAUGGGAAGCCAGCCGCGCAUGGUGCCCCUCCCUCAAGAACUCCACAGUAGCCAUUCAGGCCAUUUAGGGUUGUACCCCCAGCCUGAGGCUCUGUGCACCACGCAAUCCUGGGACGCGCUCCGGGAGAACUCUCUCCCUCGUAGCACCGCAUCCAGCGAGCGUUUCGUAAGAAACAGAGACAGAACAGGGUUUGUGCAGCAGCCGGUCCAGCAACAUUUCAUAGACUGUCCACACGAGGGCAGCAUGCCGCGGGCCAUGUCGGGCAAGAAGCAGUCGCGAGAAGAACUGCGUAAAGGCUCCGCCUCAAAGAACUCCUCUCGGGAUCAUCUUCCGCGACACGAGGACAUCGCAGAGUAUCCCACGGCGGAGAUGAAUCCUCUUUUACAAAGAACUCAGCGACCGAGUGUUUGCAAACCCCCAACAUAUGAAGAGGUGGCUGUGCUCCCUGAAAGCCAGGCUCUGAUUGGUGGAAACAUGCAAAGGGAGGUGGAGCCUGUCAAUGGUAGCGAAUCAGAUCACAGUAGAGUACUGACAUCAAAAGAAUACCAGAUGUCACAGAAUGGUCUUAGUGGAGACAAGAGAGAAACAAGUGUUUAAAUCUAGUGUUUCAAAUCAUGUUGUAUUCAUUGUAUUCUGUACAUGUAUGUCUGAAAAUGUUUGCUAGAGUGCAUGCCUAACUUGAGUCUAAAGUAUUCAUGUUUUAUUUAAUAGUACUGACUUGCAAUGUAUGUAUUCACCUUAUACUUUGGCUGAAUUGAUGUUAGCAGGUCAUAAGAACCUGUGACUUUUUUUAGUUUCUAAGCUCAACACUAUGACCCCAUCACACGGUCAGACUGAUAGAUCAAAUAAUUACGUUACACCAAUCAGUUUGAAAUCAGUUUGGAAAUCAUGUAGAGUCACUUUGGGAGUACGAUUGAGAUAUAAGUCUAAUAAUGAUCAGGUGCCCGUUUCAUAAAACUCGUUAUCUAUAACAACCGCUAAAUUUCUAUGACAAAUUUGCUCUUAGCCAAUCAGAUGCCAUGAUUUCAGUAGCUUAUAACAGU